CUUGUCUUCCAUCAUGUGAGCCCUCUCUCUCUUUCUUUUUCUCCUUUCCUUAUCAGAACAACCUGUGAAGAAAGAAAAACAGAACUCAGCUUCUCGAGAAAACCAUGGCUUACAUCUGCAAAAGCCUUCUUCUAUUCUCUUUCUCCUGUAUCCUUAAGCUUGUCCAGUUCCAUGGCGCCGAUGCCUACGAGAAUUACACUGUGGGAGACUCCUUGGGAUGGUAUGAUAACCUCAUGGUGCCCAAAGUGAACUACCAGAAGUGGGCUGCAGGAAAGAACUUCAGCCUUGGCGAUUUCCUCAUAUUCAACACGGACAAGAACCAUUCAGUGAUCCAAACCUACAACCAGACCACGUACAACCGCUGCGACAGCGACGACGCCGACGCCGAUGACACCACUGAGUGGUCCGCCGGCGAGCCCACCUUCGACGCCGUCGAAGUCACGGUGCCAGUCCCACUGCUCAGGGUGGGCUCCAACUUCUUCUUCUCCGGUAACUAUGACGGCGAGCAGUGCCGCCACGGUCAGCACUUCGUCGUCAACGUCACCCGUGGUGAAGGACUGCCGCCGAGCCUCAACACCUCGCCAGAUUCGCUGGCUCCGGCCAGUCCCGAGGCCGGCGACGACGUUCCCGACACCGUCGUUCCGUCCAAUUUCAACAAUCCGACCGACAGUGACGCAAAGGCGACGCCCGCAGCUGGCGGCCAGAAAGGGACUGCUGGACCCUCGGUGAUGGCCUUGGCUGCGCUUGUGGCGGUGAUUGAAAUAGUUUUGGGAUAAUGGGAUGGGUGUGAGAGAUAUACAGGUAAAUUAGUUUAUUUAUUGAUUGGUUGGGGAAUUUUUAUUUGCGACUCUUAUGAUUGUCAUGUGUUCCUAUUUUUAUACUGUAAGCUCGACUAAAUUGUUUAAAUUUUCUGCUGCCACAGAAGGAGAUUAUAUUCGUAAACUUUAGCAGCAGAAAUUCAUCUUUUUCAUCUGUACAGAAAUCAUUUUUCUUAAAUAAUGCGUAUUCUUUCCGGGCAA